CUUAAUACAUUGACACGAGCGGACAUAACGUAUUCGAGUAAAACAAGAUAAAUAGCCCAUACAUUAUGAUCAUGAUUAAUAGUUUCUUUUCUCCUCUUACAAAUUACUGGGGUUUCCCCCAACUUCUAUGAAAGCACCAUCCCUACUGGCUGUUGCGAAAUUACCAACGAUACUGAGUCCUUGAUAAUAUGUUAUAUACUGUACAUGGGAGCUGACACCUUCUGAAGAUCAAAACCAACAAAUCUAACAGAGAUAAGGAGGCACUCUUCAAGGAAGUUUUCUGUGCGUGAUUAAUUAUUGUUGACGACCGAGAGCAAUCAUAACCAUAAUCAUCAUAGUCUAAGAUGGAGUUAGACACCUCAAAAGAGUCCCAAAAUGGCAUUACCGGGCAUGGAUGGAGCGACAAACAAGACAGUUUACCCACCGGGGCGCCUCGCUCCAAGAGGCGCGACUCGAACUCGUCAGCCGGGCCCGGAUGCACACGCGGGCGCACAAGAGAAAUAGUAAAGGAGAAUUUAAUCAUAAUCUUUAUGGUGAUCUCCCUUGUGGUGGGCGUGUUGGUGGGUCUGUUGGUCCGGCGGCUGGAGGGCUGGGAGUACUGGCAGAAGCGUAAGAUCUUUUAUCUGCGCUUCCCGGGGGAUCUGCUGAUGAAUAUGCUCAAAAUGCUGAUACUUCCGCUUAUCGUGUCCAGCAUCAUCUCCUCGCUCGCCUCCCUGAACGCCAAGGCUUCAGGUCGGAUCGGUGUGCGGGCGGUGGUGUACUACAUGACGACCACGUUCGCCGCCGUUGUCAUGGGGAUCAUUCUGGUUCUCGCCAUUCGGCCGGGUUCCCACGGGAACGAGAUCACACGCGCCGGCCAGAGUAAAGAACAGGAACCUCUAGAGGCGCUCUUUGACCUAAUUAGGAACUGUUUUCCCGACAAUCUAUUAGAAGCAGCCUUCAAGAGGAUGACGACAGAGCACGGAGAAUUUAAGUACAACGAGACGGUAUGGGUUGAGUACAACACCACAAACGAGAACACCACUGUCAGCACCAACGCCACGGGCAACUGGACCCAGGUUGAAAAGACCGUGUUAUCUCCCAAAGUUACGAAGGACGACGGGAUGAACAUCCUAGGAAUCGUGGUCUUUUCCAUCUUCCUCGGGGCCGUCCUCUCCUCCAUGGGCACUGCUGGUAAACCGCUCCUAGACUUCUUUGAGACCCUGCAUGUGGCUACCAUGAAGCUCACCAUGCUUGUCAUCUGGUACUCACCGAUUGGUAUCAUCUUCCUGGUGUCCACAAAACUGAUCGAGAUGGAGAACCCAUCCACGGUGUUCGUGCAGCUGGCCUACUACAUGCUCACUGUCCUCGCGGGCCUCGCCGCGCACGGGCUUGUGGUGCUCCCUCUCGUGUACUUUGUCGCCACGAGGAAAAACCCGCUCGUCUUCAUGUUUGGCAUGAUCAAAGCUCUACUAACAGCUUGGGGCACAGCGUCAAGCUCUGCAACCCUUCCGGUGACGAUGGAAUGUCUAGAGAUAAACAACCACAUCGACAUCCGGGUCGCCAAGUUCGUGGCUCCCAUUGGCGCCACCAUCAACAUGGACGGCACGGCGCUCUAUGAGGCAGUGGCCGCCAUCUUUAUCGCCCAGGUUAACGGCAUCAGCCUUAGUAUAGGGGAGGUAAUCACUGUCAGCCUGACGGCGACAGCAGCUGCAAUUGGCGCUGCAGGCAUCCCGUCAGCGGGACUCGUUACCAUGACGAUCGUUCUCACAGCAGUCGGACUGCCUACGGAAGACGUUUCCCUUAUUCUGGCAAUCGACUGGUUCUUGGACCGGUUCCGGACGGCCAUCAACGUUCUUGGAGACUCCUUUGGAGCUGGUAUUGUCGAGCAUCUGUCCAAAUCAGAUCUGCACGAGAUUGACAGACAGAUGACGUCACAGACACACAGUACCGAAACAACGUCUGUGGAAAUAGCAUCGUCUGAACUAAAUGGUGAUGUAUUUCCUUACGAGAAGAAAGCAGACGACAGUGGGCUGGAUAAUUCCGCGUUCACAGACAAUGCGCUCAGAAUGUGAACGUUGGCUGUGUGUCUGAAUUUAAAAUCAACAUAUCACAACUUGUUCAACAUAUAGCAUAGUCCUUUACGGCAUUUUCGAAUCCGUGAUCUAAGAUGCAUUACUUAGUUCAAUUAAAACGAGUUGUUAAUGUUGUAUAAUUAUCAAUAUCGUCAUAUUCUUACAGAACGUUACGGUUUGUUAUAUGACCACGGGUGGAUAUGCUAUUGAACAAUUCGAAAUCCAUUUUAGCGGUGUGAGAGUCUGCGAGUGUUUAUAGAAUUAUUUAUUAACACAUAAAUGCUUAAUGGUGGAUCAUUUCGCUAAACAAUAUAAAACAACCUGAAUGGUCUUAAAUAAGUGUAGGUCUUUCACGUAUCCAAGUUUUAUACAUUCUUACCUAAUAUCAUUACCUGCGCAUCUAAAAAGGAUAUUGCUAUCCACACUGCGAUAAGAGCGAGUUUUGGUACUAAAGUAAAGACACUGUUAAGUAGCCCUCCAAGACCUCUCCUAACUCUCCAUCCAAUGUCUAUGCUACCUGAACAAGGUGUUACAGUGUACGCUUUUAAACUGUGCAUUGGUUGGGUGCAUUUAAAACGUAAAUGUGAAAUGUUGAGUUUUAGUUUCAAAUGUUUCUUAGUUGGAUUGACUUUCAUUUACAAUGAUAUGUUUUCGCCUGAUGAACAGAACCAUCAAACUCAACUUUUAGAAACAUUACACACCACUGAGGGUUAUAUGGCAUUAUAAGGACCGGCCAGUUAGCCCCCGAAGGUGUAUAUGGACCGAGGCGUUGUAGUUUUUUGGAGUGUUUUUUUUUUUUUACAAUGCAAUUUAUAUGUACUUGUAAAUAUCUACUCGUGUCAUGUACAUAUAUUUUUAUAAAAUACAUUUAAAACUAAGCAGUCUGGUUAUUUCUUUACAUUACGGGGACUCCUCUCAAACUUCUCUGAUCAAUAUGUACAAAGAGUACUUUUAAAUUAAGUAGUGCGGAUAAUAGCCAGUUAUAAUCGCUUCUAUUAUUCAUGUUCGUUUGAAAUUACUUUGGGGAACGCUCAACACCGUAUGACAAACCUUAACACAAAGCACUAUCAGAUGCCCGUUUGGUUCUUGAUAACUCUUGAUUAUUCAGUGUUCUGUUACAUUGUGUUACAUUUGAUUACUCUGUGUUUUGUUACAUGGUGUUACACUUCAUUACUCUGUGUUCUGUUACAUUGUGUUACUCUUGAUUACUCUGUGUUCUGUUACAUUGUGUUAUACUUGAUAACUCUGUGUUCUGUUACAUUGUGUUAUACUUGAUUACUCUGUGUUAUGUUACAUUGUGUUACUCUUGAUAACUCUGUGUUCUGUUACAGUGUGUUACACUUGAUUUCUCUGUGUUUUGUUACAGUGUUACACUUCAUUACUCUGUUCUGUUACAGUGUGUUACACUUGAUUACUCUGUGUUCUUGUACAUUGUGUUACACUUGAUUACUCUGUGUUCUGUUACAGUGUGUUACACUUGAUUACUCUGUGUUCUUGUACACUGUGUUACACUUGAUUGCUUUGUGCUCUGUUACAUUGUGUUACACUUGAUUACUCUGUGUUCUGUUACAGUGUGUUACACUUGAUUACUCUGUGUUCUUGUACACUGUGUUACACUUGAUUGCUUUGUGCUCUGUUACAUUGCGUUACACUUGAUUACUUUCUGUUCCAUUACGCUGUGUUAUUCUUGAUGACUCUGUGUUACAUAACAUGUUUUUUAUUCUUGAUUACGCUGUGUUCCAUUACACUGUGUUGAUCUUGAUUACUCUGUAUUCCAUUACACUGUGUUGAUCUUGAUUACUCUGUGUUCCAUUACAUUGUGUUAUUCUUGAUUAGUCGGCGCCCAGAAGGGCGCCGACUAUAUUUGAUAUUACUUUAGAAAUAUUCCAACAUAGGGACUAGUUCAUAAAUUGCAGAAUAAUGCUUUCAAUAGUUUCCACGUUGCAUGAUAAAAUAUGAAGUUUAGUAUGUUUUAUAAAACUGUACACUUUAAUUGAUAAUGAAACCUUAAAUUAUAAUAGCCCUGCUUAUCAUUUUGAUUUUAAAUACCAACUCAAUCAUAGUAACAACUCGGCCAUCUCUGUACACUUUAAUUGAUAAUGAAACCUUAAAUUAUAUAAGCCCUGCUUAUCAUUUUGAUUUUAAAUACCAACUCAAUCAUAGUAACAACUCGGCCAUCUCCGAGAUGGAUACAGGAGGUUUACAAAAUUAAAGUUUUGGGCGGAAGUUGGUAUCAAUCGGAACACCUCGUUCCGAUUGAUACCAACUUCCGCCCAAAACGAUGAAGGUUACACGGUACUAUUACAAUAUCCUUUAUUUUUGUAAACCUCCUACGCAGUGAUCCCCCUUGGCGACAGCAAAAAUGCCGAGUUUUGAAAAAUUAACAUUGAGCUUAAAUGUUUGUUUUGAAAAUGUCAUUCGAAGGAACGAACUCUUGAUGUAUAGUAUUUUUAUCCCCGUUUUAUAUACUCAUAUGAGUGUUAUAUGUUACAAAAACUUAUACAAUAUAUAAAGCAAGGAUUUCACAUAACAUGCCGGUACAAAUAAAAGGUGAAUUUCA